AUGACCAUCCACGCGUUGUACAUAUUCGACCGCCACUGCUCGUGUAUCUACUCACGUGAAUAUAACCACCAGAACCCCGGCCAAGGCACGGUCAACAAAAACAACGACAGCGAUAUGGCCCAAUUGCUCUUUGGAGUCGUGUACUCGCUCAAAUCGCUUUCGGCGAAACUUGGCGCCACCGAAAGCAGUGACAAUCUGGGCUCCGAUCCAGGGGCAUUGCCCCCGGCGGCUAACACCCUCCGCUCUUUUAGCACGGGCCACUACCGCGUGCAUUUUCUCGAAUCUCUCUCGAAUUUCAAGUUUGCCCUCGUUACGGACUUGCAGGUCGACAAUCUCCAGGCACAACUCUGGGAGCUCUACAGCACGGUGUUUGUGGGACACGUGCUCCGAAACGCGCUAGCGCCUGUCGAAUUUGGCACGUCCAAGUUGAAUAGUGCGGAGUUCACCUCGCUCUCGGACGCGUAUUUGAGUAGCCUCCCGGUGUUUCUGUAG